GUCACACUGGUGCUAGUGUGAGAGUUGUGCGCUUCGUGCUAAUGAAAAAUCGAAUUUUUCGUAAAACUAUUUAAAAUUUCACGGGUCGAGAAUAAGAAAAGUGACUACCGAGCGAUUACACAACAUGCAAUAAGAAAAUACCACACCGCCGAACAUGUCACAAAAAGAACUAGCGGCCCUGGUCUCCACCAGAACCAGCCGUAAGCGCACUGUCCCUUCCACCAAUUCGAGUCCUUCCGUUCGCUCCGAACCGAAAUCCAUCAUUGAGAUACACAUAUCCAACGACCCUGCACCCAAGAGAACAUGCAGUGAAGCGGGAAACGCGAGUGGAGAAGUGGAAAAGACAGCUCCAGAGGUGGAAGAAAACGAGGAGCCAUGCCCGGUGGUCCAGCUGACCGAGGAGGAGGAGCAGCGUCACAAUGAGUUCCGGUCCAACUGCUCCAUCUUUCUGCAGGACUUGCCCUGCUUCAAGUUGCGUCAAACCACUGCCGAGGCUGGGUCUGCUCCGAUUCCCAAGUGCCGGGAGUGUCGCAAGAGGAGUGCGUCCUCCGCGGAGGAUGCCGAUACUAGCUCCGGCAACGACGUCUACUGUCGGUUUUAUGAAUUUAGGCGAUUGCAGUACAACGACAAGGGAGAGUUGAACGUGGCUGGAUUCCCGAAUCCCUACAGCGAGCCCACCCCGGAGGACUACGCCAUUUGGCAGCCGGACGGAAAGACUGCCCCCACCAGUGGCUACAUGGACAUUCAGGUCUGCCGGUACAUCCUGCUCCACGCUGGCGACCAGUUCUGCUAUCUGUGGCGUCAGGAAGCGGAGGCACUGCGUCUCCACCAGAACCCCGACGACACCAUCGCCUGGAAGAAGGCCGUGCAGGGCAUCCGUGAGAUCUGCGAUGUCUGCGACACCACUCUCUUUAACUAUCACUGGACCUGUCGAAAGUGCGGCUUCGGAGUGUGCCUGGACUGCUUCAAAGAUCGGAAGGAGGGACAGCGGUUGCGGCGCGUGGAAACGGCAUUGCAGAAGGGGUGUGACGAGUACCACUGGUUGCUCUGCACCGAUCCAGGUGGUCCCCAAGAGCACGCCCUUACCGAGCUGAUGCUAACUCAGAUCAUAGCCGGGGAUGCCCUAAACGUGCUGGGAAGGCUGCUGCACGAGGUCCGUACUCUGUGGCAAGUGCCGCAGGUGUGUGGCUGCCUGUUGAGCAAGCAGGCCGUGCAGGACGAGCAUCUGGAUGAGCUUAUCCAGGACAUGAUCAAGGAGUCGCAACUGAAGCAGCACACCAGCCUCUCCUCGCUGGCCACCGAGCAGAAGCUCCACCAACAGCAGCGCCUGGAGCAGCUGCACGCCAAGAAACUGGAGUUUGCCAGGGAGCGGGGCAUAGACUACGUCCCAGGACGAGUGUGGACCAAGGAGACCCUGGGCAAGGACCCGAUCACCACGGCUUUCGAUAACUUCAAGCACAUUAAUUUUUUGAGGAAGGGACUAGCAGGUCUGAGACGGUUUCUGCCUCCCAGGGCCAUGACGCUGGCGCAUUCCACCCAGCUGGCACCUGGCGUGCCGCACGAGUGGCUCUGCGAUGGCAAGCUGCUCCGGCUCACCGAUCCCCUGCAUCCCGACAACCGGGUGCUCUACCAGGAGGUCUGGAAGUGUGGCCAACCGGUUAUGAUUUCUGAGGUGGCUCGCUCCCUCAACCUGGACCUGUGGCACCCGCAGGCCUUCUGUCGCGACUUCGGCGACAAGCCAAACGAUUUGAUAAACUGCCUAAAUGGCAACCUGGUGCCCAACCAGCCCAUGCGGCACUUCUGGGAGGGCUUCCAGUGCAUUAAGAAGCGGCUGUUGGACGCCAACGGGAAGCCCAUGCUCCUCAAACUGAAGGACUGGCCGCCUGGCGACGACUUUGCCGAGAUACUGCCCACCAGAUUCGCGGAUCUGAUGAAGGGUCUGCCGAUGCCCGAGUAUACGCUGCGAACUGGCAAUCUCAACAUCGCCAGCAGUCUGCCCAAGAUGUUCGUGCCGCCGGACCUGGGACCCAAGAUGUACAACGCCUACGGCUCGGCGUUGCACCCGGAUAAGGGCACAACUAACCUCCAUCUGGACAUCUCGGAUGCGGUCAACAUAAUGGUGUAUGUGGGGAUUCCGCAGGACGAGGACAACAAGCCGCAGAUGGCGGCCACCCAGAAGGCCAUUGCUCUGGGCGGAUGUGACUACAUAACCAGGGCCAGGUGCCAGUCACCCGAUGUCCUGCCGGGAGCUCUCUGGCACAUAUUCCCGGCGCGCGAUGCCGACAAGAUUAGGGACUUGCUUAACCGGGUGACCCUGGAGAAGGGAUUCCGCCUGGAGCCCGACCACGAUCCCAUUCACGACCAGAACUGGUACCUAGAUGAUAAGUUGCGGGCCAGGUUGUUCAAAGAGUAUGGAGUGGAGGGGCAUCCCAUUGUCCAGUGUCUGGGAGAUGCCGUAUUUAUACCCGCCGGAGCUCCGCACCAGGUCCAGAACCUGCACAACUGCAUCAAGGUGGCCGAGGACUUUGUCUCGCCCGAGAACAUUACCCACUGCUACCAUCUCACCCACGAGUUCCGCCGACUCUCGCACUCCCACACCAACCACGAGGACAAGCUGCAGAUCAAGAACAUCAUCUACCACGCCAUCAAGGAUUGCUGCACCAUCCUCACCAGAGCUCUGGACGAGCGCAUCGAUGAGGAGAUGGCCAAGCUAAAAGCCGACUAAGCCUACAUUUUUUUUACCCUUUAAGUUUGUGUUCAUUUUUUAUUUUUUUCUCAGUCGUGUUUACUUAAAUGUUCUUGUAUUUAGGCUUUUAAAAUGUCCCAUCUUCGAAAAUGAUUACUAGAUUAAGAAGAAAAGUUUAAUAUUAUACUCAUUUCAUUAAAAUAUACCAGUUCUCCUAUUAAAUAAAGUAA